GAACCCAUCUGGUCUGUAGGUUUUAAAAAAUACUUGAGCUCCACGUACAGACGCCUCUAUUAUUAGCCGCUUAGCAAACACCCUUGUUCCAUAAAAGCCCUUCCUCAAUCCUCCCUCUCUCGUCUCUCCCCUGCUUUCUAAAACCCUAAUUAUAAACUCUCUCGCCCAUCUCUCUCGUCCAUUUCUUUUAGCAGCGCAGGGGUUUGAAUCGAUUUGUAUCUGCUUUUCAUCGCAUAAUGGCAACUAGGCUGCAAUUCGAGAAUUCAUGUGAGAUUGGGGUUUUUUCCAAGUUGACCAAUGCUUACUGUUUGGUCGCUAUCGGAGGUUCUGAGAACUUCUACAGUGUGUUUGAGUCUGAGUUAGCUGGUGUGAUUCCAGUGGUUAAAACGUCUAUUGGUGGGACUCGAAUCAUUGGAAGGCUUUGUGCUGGUAACAAAAAUGGGCUCCUCUUGCCUCACACUACAACUGACCAAGAACUUCAACAUUUAAGGAACAGUCUUCCUGAUCAAGUAGUUGUUCAGCGUGUUGAUGAGAGGUUGUCUGCCCUAGGAAAUUGCAUAGCAUGCAAUGAUCAUGUUGCACUUACCCACACUGAUCUUGAUAGGGAAACAGAGGAGUUGAUUGCUGAUGUCCUUGGUGUAGAAGUGUUCAGGCAGACAAUUGCUGGUAACAUUCUUGUUGGUAGCUAUUGUGCCUUCUCAAAUAGAGGUGGUUUGGUUCAUCCUCAUACAUCCAUUGAAGAUUUGGAUGAACUUUCCACUCUGCUUCAGGUUCCUUUGGUUGCAGGAACAGUGAACCGUGGUAGUGAAGUGGUAGCAGCUGGUUUGACUGUAAAUGACUGGACAGCUUUCUGUGGCUCGGACACUACAGCAACAGAAUUAUCAGUAAUCGAGAGUGUCUUCAAGCUGCGAGAGUCCCAGCCAAGCAGCAUUGUGGAUGAGAUGAGGAAAUCUUUGAUUGAUACCUAUGUUUAAACAUUUUAAGGGUGCCAAAAUGAUGCGGGCAGUGUUGAAUGUGCCAAGUACUUGUGUCUUUCUUGAAUCUUACUUUCCUGCUUCUGGAUCUAUUAUCUUUGACAUUCGGUGAUGAAUAUGUUUGUGUUGUAUAACAUAUUAUAUCAAUAUCCAAAUGGGCUGGUGUUCUGUUUCUCUGGAA